CCCCCUCCUUCCAACUUUUCGACCCCUCAACAAUGUUCUGCUCUGCGAUCCUCGCUCUCGCAGCAUUCGCCUCCCCCGCUUACUCGCUCGUCCAUGGCGUAGACACCUCAGCUCCAGUCAACGAUCGAACUUACUCAGAAGUUCUCGGCGAGGGAUUCUCACAUCUCGUCAUUCGCGGAUACGAGCAAGCAUGCAAUGUCGGUGGACAAGUGGAUCCCGACUUCGUUCCGUCGUACCACAAUGCCACGGCGGCGGGGUAUUCGGAGAUAGAUGCGUAUUGGUUCCCUUGCACGGGGACCCGCAACAUUUGCAAACCUUAUGCUGACCAGCUUGUUGAGCUCAGCGCAACGCUCAAUGAGAACCAGAUGACUAUAGGCAGGCUCUGGCUUUACAUUGAGAAUGACCCGUCCUGUGGCACCUGGAACUACGGUCCCCGUGGUAACCUUCUGCAGGCCCGAGAGAUGGUUACAGCCCUCACGGUUGCAGGAUACAAUUUUGGGAUCUACAGUUCCCCGGGUGAAUGGGGGACCAUCUUUGGAUCUCGGGGCGUCGUCUUGGAUUCCUCCCUUCCUCUUUGGUUCGCUACGUACGAUAACGAUGAUUCAUCUUUGACUCUCGGUGCUCCGUUCGGAGGGUGGACGGCCGGGGAAGGGAAACAGUACAGUGAUCAGUCUGAGUCUGGGUUGUUCAAUCUUGACAUCUUUGCGAGCUGAGGAGAAUUAGAUUUUGUUUCGAGAUGCUCCUACUGGUGGAUCAUAAGUUCUUGAUUAAUAAUAUUACAUAAUGACAUGCUGUCAGUUCCUAGCUCUUAACUUCCCAAUGAACCUUCAGGCUCUAUUAUAAGACACAGGCUGGAGUCCUGCCUGUUGUCCCGUUUUCAGGAUUGGUGGCGUGCGCUAGCAGUUGCCGGGACUCAAUUUUGGGUGCCCCUAGUCGAAAACCGGUAAUGUGUAUGUAAUGAACGAGAAGCAGCCCAACUGUCACUGAAAUGUAAAGAAGGGUGUUUU